UUUUUAAAAAUGAAAACGGUAAAAUCUCGCGAGGUUUUCGGGACAAAUAUUCUAGUCAAUGACGCAGUAAUGCCUGUGCGACAUUGUAUCACAGUAGUUCUGAAGAAACGAUGUCACAUCAACAAUCAAAGGCAUCUAUGGCGGGAAUGUUGGAAAGAUUGGGAGUCCAAAUGAUGCUAUUAUCAUGAAAUGGGUAUGGAUAUGUUUUUCCACGAAUCGUUCGUCUUCUAAUGGAGCCCGCGCCCGGAGGCCUCUAUAUCACCAUCACACCGACUGAUAAAUAUAACGCAUCGGUACCCUCGUAUAAAUCAACUAAGGUUUGCCUAUUUUUAUAAGAAAACGGAAUACCUAUUGGUUUCAAAAUAUUCCCAAAAUCGAUGCACUGUAAACUGUAAUAAUCUACAGAACAGAGUUCGCCGCCAUCACGUCCAAAGGGACUCUACUAAAUGCGCCUCUAAUGGAAAACGUUCACUCCCAGACGCUUGAUUUUUAUCGGUGGUUAGCUGAACGCUUGAAUCAAAUGUAAACAAUAUGGCGAACCGCUAUUUCGCACUGACGGUGGUGCAGUUGAAGAAGGAGCUUGCCUGUAGAAACGCCACGACGCAAGGAAGGAAGAUAGAUUUAGUUAGACGAUUAGAAGCAUAUGACAGAAAUGCCAAUUUCCAGCAGCCACCUGUUCUGUUACCAGAUCCUUUGGACGUAAACUGGCCUACAACAGGAUUCCAACAACUCAAUUCAGAGCACAGGAAAUUACUACCUUCUAUUACAAGGGAACAGAUAGAAGCCUAUUUUCUCCAUAGACUUGCUGGAGAUAAUGAAGCGGCAUGUGAUAUCAAGGCAGUUAAGAAUGGGGAACUAUUGUACCAAUCCGAGAGAGUUUUGGCAUGCUCAGUUAUCAUUGAAAAUGAUGUAUUUUUUACUGGAAUAGUCAGUGCAGCCAUGAAAAAUAAGGUCACAUACAGCUAUAAACUAAGGCUGGAGAAAGAAUCUGGAGAUGUGCUAAACUCACACUGUGAAUGCCCUGCAGGGAAAGGCCCAAAUGGUACAUGCAAGCACCUAGCUGCUUGCAUGAUUAUGCUUGAAAAUUUUAUUGAGAAUGGUGAAGUGGCGGUGCAGAAAUCAUGUACAGAAAAUUUGAUGAUGUUCAACAAGCCAAAGGCUUCCCAUAAAGGAUCUCCAGUCAAAGUUGAAAAAAUUACAAUUGGGAAGAGAAAAUCAGCCGUUCAUUUGGAUGACCCACGACCAGAAAAGUUUAGGAAUGUAGAGGGCAUGCAAGACCGGGUCAGAAACCUAUUAAUCAACUAUACAUCAAAUACUUCUGAAGACAUUGCAUUUCGUUAUCUUUAUGAGAGAGCAGAUUUGAAGUCUGCAAUUCAUGACCACCACUACUUAUCACUGCCUUUCACAGAAUACUGGGUGGAUAAAGCAUUACAGGUAACUGAAUCAGAGGUGGCAAGUAUUGAAAAAGAAACAAGGGGACAAUCUACAAAUAAGAGAUGGUUUGCAGAGAGAAUGUGGAGAAUCACAGCAUCAAAUUUUGGGCAGAUUUCAAGAAUGACAGACAGACGUAACAAACAGAAGCUUUGUAAAUCAUUGAUAUCUAUCAAGAGCCUCACCACCCCUGCAGUCACUCAUGGAAAAUCAUAUGAAAAAAAAGCAAUCAAAAAGUUUGAAGAUAACCACAACAUAAGAGUUCAUGAGAAUGGUUUAUUCAUUUGUUCAAAAAUGCCAUUUCUAGGUGCAACACCAGAUGGCGUUAUAGAUGAUAAAUAUAUAAUAGAGGUGAAAUGUCCUUAUAAAGGGCGGAGACAAGAAAUCAACACAAACACAAUGGAAUAUUUCACUUAUUUAGAGGUAGUGGGUGGGGAAAUCAAGCUGAAAAUAUCUUCCAAUUACUAUGAUCAAAUUCAGGGACAACUGUAUAUAAGUGGCAGACAAUUUUGUUAUUUUAUUGUGUAUACACUAAAGUCACUAUUUGUAGAAAUUAUUGAAAUCAACAGAGAAUACUGUGAAAUGUGCCUUAUACCAAAACUGGAGUCGUUUUAUACAAAACAUUACAGACCUUUCAUUGCCUCAAAUUUAUAAAUGAUUGCAAAUUAGGCCAAUUAAAGUUAAUUGAUAGAUUAUCAUCCCCGCCCGCCCCUCAAAAAAGGGCCCAUCCCGAUUUUUUUAAUGCAAAAAUUAUGAUUUCAAACAAACUUGCUUCCCAGUGACAUGAGUGAAUGAUUAAAGUCACAGAAUGUUGUUUUAUAUAUAUAUAUUCUACCAAGGAAUCUUUGAAUUCCUUACUUGAUUAACACUUUGUGUGAUGUCUGUUUUCAUUAAUUUUUUUUUCUCAGGAAAUAAAAAUUAAAAAAUUAUAUUCUCCCACCCGCCCCAUUUUUUUUUUUUGGACCCCAGAUGAUAAUCUACUAAUUAGGUUGAAUUGGCCUUACUUUGAAACCACCUCCUUCUGUACUACUUAAAUGUAUGCUACAAAUGAAACAAUAUAUUUCCAUAAAAUUGACUACAUGUUGUGAAGUAUUGCAGGGAACACUUCAGAUUGCCUAAUAAAAUUGCCCCCAAUAUGUAA